AUGACUGGAGAUAAGCCCUGGCCCGAAGUGCCCAUUGGCAACAAAGACCACACCAAUGCCGCCGUAGUAAUAAUAGGAGCCGGCAUAUCAGGCAUGUGCACAGCCAUCGACCUCAUAAAACGCACGAAUUGCAAAAACUUUCUCAUCCUCGAAAAAUCGUCCGGAGUCGGCGGCACCUGGCACGACAACAAAUACCCCGGUGCCUGCUGCGACGUCUGGUCACCCCUCUACUCGUACUCGUUUGCCCAAAACGCACAUUGGACACGCGAGUACCCCGGUCAAGAGGAAAUCCUGUCUUACCUCAUGGGCGUAGCUGCAGACUACAAACUCUAUCAACACAUUCGCUUCAACACCACUGUCGAAACUGCAACAUGGGAUGAGCAGAGUAAAAAGUGGAAGGUCAGUGUCAGCACGGCAAAAGGCAGCAAAGAUGCAGAGUUCAACCCUGAAUAUGUCAUCAAUGCCGAUUUCUUGGUGAGCGCGGUGGGACAGUUGAAUGUGCCCAAAUAUCCUGAUAUCCCCGGGUUGAAAGAGUUCAAAGGCAAAAUCAUCCAUUCGGCGAGGUGGGAUUGGAGUUAUGAUUUGCAAGGCAAGAAGGUCGCUGUGGUUGGAAAUGGCGCCACAGCCGUCCAAAUAAUCCCCGAAAUCGCAAAAGUAGCAGCCAAAAUCGGCGUGUACCAACGCACGCCCAACUGGUUGAUCCCCCGUCUGGACGCACCGAUCGCUUCGUGGAGACGUACACUCUACAGUCUCGUCCCUCCGCUCAUGUGGCGCAAACGAGCCCUGCAGAUGGAUUUCCGCGAAGGCUUCCACCAAAUCAUCGGAGAUGUCUCGUCGGCAGGUGCGGACGAGAUACGCGGCUUCAAUGCUGCGAUGCUGGAUGCUGCGUUUGGAGACAAUGCAGAAAUGAAGGAAAAGUUGCGGCCAAAGUAUCAGCCUGGCUGUAAGAGGAUCAUCAUUUCCGAUGACUAUUAUCCCGCUCUUGCGCUUCCUCAUGUGCAGCUCGUCACCGAGGGUAUUGCUGGUGUCACAACCACAGGUAUCGCGACCGAAGACGGCAAAACCCAAGAUUACGACCUCAUCGUUUUAGCCACUGGAUUCGAAACCCUGGACUUUAUGCACCCAAUCUCCAUGACCGGCCACAACAGCACCCCUCUCUCCUCCAUCUGGGCAGAAGGAGCAAAAGCCCUAUACGGCAUCACAGUCUCAAAAAUGCCAAACUUCGGAAUGUGUUACGGGCCGAACACAAACUUAGGCCACAACAGCAUCAUCCUGAUGAUAGAAGCUCAAGCCGCCUACAUCACUUCUCUGAUCCAACCAAUCCUCACCGCAAGACAAGCUGGCAAAACCCUCUCCAUCCGCCCAAAGGACUCGCGCAUGCAAGACUUCAACGCAACCCUGCAGAAAGAAUUGGCAGCGUCGGCAUUCGCGGAUGAAAAUUGUAAUUCCUGGUACAAAACCGCUUCUGGACUCAUCACGAACAAUUGGAGUAGAAAUGUUGUCGAGUAUCAAAAGAUGGUUGAGGUGGUACAUUGGGAUGACUUUGAGACUGAGGGGGAUGGUGAGGAAGUGCUAGAGGGCAGGAAAAAGAGUAGAAUCGGCAGAGUCAGAGAGGAAAGUAUAGUGGGUGAUAAGACAUUGACUUUGUUGGGUGCGGUCAGUGUGGGUGCUGUUGUGUUGGCUGGAGUGUGGGCUAGAGCGGGUGGCGCAAGGGCCUUUUCUGGGCUGUUGAAGGGUUAG